UGUGGCAUUAUAAUGGGGGAUGACCUGUCAGCUCUCGGGUAAUGUGACUCUUAAAAAGCUGCCUAAUUAUUCUAGGUUACGAGAAAAAAAGUAUAAAGCAAUGGGUAUGAAUUAAUUGGAAGGAAGGAUCUAGGGAUUAUUUCUGCGGUGUUUUAGACAAUGUUGCAUUUCCUUUUAUUUUUAAAAAGGGAGAAGUUUGCAAUAUUGAGAUGGCUAUAAAUAGAAAUAAUUCAUGGGUGAAUAUCUGUACGAAGGCUCGAUUGCAGUUUAUAUCGUCACGUGAACAAACUUUAAAUACCCAGGUUUGUAAGAUUAAUUUGCUGUAGAAUUCAGAGUACAGUAAAUUUUGCGUUUGCUUGUAGUCCAAGUGUUACAUUGCAGCGUAGCAGUAUGUAAACAGAAAUAUGCAUUUCUGCAGUAAGAGUAUAAACACUGCCUUUAGUGCAGUUAAAGUAUUUUACCAUCCCGAGAGUUAGUCACUGGGAGAUUUUUAGCAUGAAUGAAAAAAAUUACUGUAUAGAAGAAGGCUUUGUCUGCUUUGAUAAAAUUGAAGAAGCACAGAAAGAACUAAAUGAAACAGAAGAUUCUAAAAAAGACAUCUCCAAGGCUAUUACAAGAGGAAGCACAGACACAGUUAAAGGUGUGAAGCGUAAAAAGAUUGUAGCUGAGAAUCAUCAGACAAAAAUACCCAAAUCACCUUUGAGAACUCCAACUCAGGCAAAGUCUAAAGAAAAAGUAGAAGACCAUUCAGCAUCUUCUAAAACACUUCCUGAUACUUCAGAGCUAUUGAAAGAAUCUCCUAGUUUGGCUUCACAAAAUGGGAAACAAAAUAAACAAAACGUGGGGACAUUUAAUAGCGAGGUAGCUGUUAAAGUAUCUACAGCAGAGACUAUACUACACACGAAACCGCCUCUGUUACCUCAGUCCUUGGACUUAAAUAAAUGGCCAGUAGAAGAAUACAGUUCAACUCAACUACAUUUACCAGUGAAGAAAGGUCUCACUAGCUGUUCAAGUAUAUCAAAGAUAGAUAAUAAUGAAUGUAUUAGUUUUGUUGAUUGUAAUAACUUGUCCUCCUGUACCAAUACUGCAUUUGAUGUCUUACUGAAAGCUAUGGAGCCUGAGCUGAACACUUUAGCACACGAGUGCCCUUCUAGUGGAAUGCAGAUUGAUAAACAGAGACCAAACAGAACUGUUAACACCUCUUCCUCUCUUGCAUCCAAUACACGGAGUGCCCAAAGUCACGAGGCUUCAUUACAGCAAAAAAAUGUAGCUGCAUCUCAGUUUUAUCCUUGCACUCCGCAGACUGUGCAUGUAACAACAUCAGGGAAGACUUCACAAGCACAGACGCACUCAGCUGCUCACUCAAAAGAACAAGUUCCCGCCAAAGCUGGACCACGCAAUCAGCAAGUAACGGCGUGCCCAAAUUUCACUAGUUCUGUGGUACAUCAACAGAAUCAGGAAAAUCUCAAACUCCAACAUAUAUACAGCACAGCGGUAACUUCUUCGGUCACCUCCCAGUCGUCUGUUUCUCAGGCUUUUUGUCAAAAUCACUUAGUAGCAAAGUCACCUUCUCCUUUGUCAAUUAAUCCAGCUCUACUACCCAGCUCUACUGCCCAGGUACCCAUCGCUCCCUUGUACAAUUCAGCCCAGAUAGCCUCCGUUGUCAACCCUGGCUCAGAACAAAUAUGUAACCUCCUUAAAGUCCAGAAGCCUAAAAAAAUGGGAAAAUAUGUCUGUGAGUAUUGUAACAGGGCGUGUGCUAAGCCCAGCGUUCUCCUAAAGCACAUCCGCUCCCACACAGGAGAACGACCGUAUCCUUGUGAGACCUGUGGAUUUUCUUUUAAAACUAAAAGCAAUUUGUACAAGCACAAGAAAUCCCACGCCCACGCUAUCAAAGUUGGGCGUGUCCUCCAGCCAGACUCUUCCGGGAUGUUUCUCUCCCAUGAAUCUGAUAAAGCACUUAGCAUUCAUUCGGAUGUAGAAGAAAGUGGUGACAGUGAUGAUGAAGGUACGGCGGAUGAGAGGCAUGAUGAUCAAGGAUCAUUAGAACUGGAACCAACUCAUGGAGUGAAGAUCCCUCCUAAUUCCGAACCCUUACGCAAAGGGAAUCCCAUCUCACUAAGCAACUCAGAGUAUACGGUAGGCAAUUCCUCAUUUCAGGAGUCAACUAUUCAAGCAAGAACAGCUUUACCUAAGGUCAUUGUUUACCCUAUAAAUGUGUCUCCUUUACAACAUGAUGGGCUCAAAGUAACAGCCCCCAGCUCUACAGUCACAAAUGUGAAACCAGAUAUACCUUACAGUGACUUGAUAAAAGAUUUUGAUACAAACAAAUAUCAGAAAAAACAAGCAGAGAUUUCUGAGGAACGGCCCGGAACCCCUCUAGGGACAACAAUACACGCACAGUUACAAAGACAACAGGCAACAGAUUGUUCUCAAGAACAAGGAAAAGGUCUCCUGAGCCCUAGAAGCUUAGGCAGCACUGAUUCAGGCUAUUUCUCACGUUCAGAAAGUGCAGACCAGACCAUGAGUCCGCCAGCUCCAUUUCUGAAAGGACCCCCCUCAACUGAAAAAGACUUAAGUAAAAUUUGUGGGCCACGAAUGAGCACCACGGUGGUUACUGCUGCACAAACUACUUGUCCUGACAAGUCUUUCCUUUCAUCAGGUCAAAUGAGACCACCCUUGGCCACAAAAACCCUUGAAGAACGCAUUUCAAAAUUAAUAUCUGAUAACGAGGCAGUAGUGGAUGACAAGCAGUUGGACAGCGUGAAACCACGUCGAACAUCCCUUUCUAGAAGAGGCAGUAUUGAUUCCCCCAAAUCCUAUAUUUUUAAAGAUUCCUUCCAGUUUGACCUAAAACCAAUGGGGAGAAGAACAAGCUCAAGUUCUGAUAUACCAAAGUCUCCUUUUACACCAACUGAAAAGUCAAAGCAAGUUUUUCUCUUGUCUGUACCAACCCUUGACUGUUUGCCCAUAACCAGAAGUAAUUCUAUGCCCACUACCAGUUAUUCAGCUAUACCUACCAAUGUAAUCCCUCCUCCACAUCCACUACGUGGAAGUCAGUCUUUUGAUGAUAAAAUUGCCUCUUUGUAUGAUGAUGUCUUUGCGCCAGGACCUUCCCCUCCACAGCUCCAGACUGGGCACACUCGCACACUUGUUCGUCAAACAGCAAUAGAAGAUUCGUCAUCCAGCGAAGGGCACACAUUUGGACCGGCACGAUCUGUAGAUGAAACUUACGGGUCCAGUGUAUCCAAUGAAUUAUUAAUGGCAAGAAGCAAGUCAUUUGUACAAGGCUCAAGUUUGGAUAAAAUCAAAAAAUCACAUCAAGGCCGAGGGAUAAUGUUUGAGUGUGAGACUUGCAGAAAUAGAUAUAGAAAACUGGAGAAUUUUGAGAACCAUAAAAAGUUUUAUUGUUCAGAGUUGCAUGGACCAAAAACCAAGGCAGCUAUUCGAGACUCUGAGCAUAAAACUACUGUGAACAGUACACAACCACAAGUCCUUCAUUACCGUGUAGCGACGUCGACUGGUGUGUGGGAGCAGACACCUCAGAUAAGAAAAAGGAGGAAAAUGAAAAGUGUUGGCGAUGAGGAUGAUGAGGCACCAACAAAUGAUACUAGUAGCCUGUCAAAGAAUAUUGCAGAAGUAGAGAGCCAAAAUAAACCAGGUGACGCUGUCUCUAAACAAGCUGCUCUCCUGGAUUCAUACAACACUUCAGUCCAGAGACUGGCACAUGAUGAGACAGAGACUCAAAUCACAGAGCAAGCCACAGAGCCAAAAACAUUGCUGCAUGGGAAGAAUCACAGUGUUCCAAUUGUGCAUGAAAAAAAUGAACUGAAACGGCAAGGAGCCGGGAUUUCUGUGAUUCAGCACACAAAUUCCCUAAGCCGGCCUAGUUCAUUUGAGAAAGCAGAUUCAUUCGAAAGAAUAUCACCUAUUUCUUUCCCAGCUAAUAAGCCUGAGAAGUUCCAUUCCUUGAAUAAUGCAAUUAAAGAAGAGAAGCAUCCACGCUUAAGUGCUUCCCAAAGUCUUCAGGCAGCCGAAGCAGCACAGCAUCAAAUUCAUCAUGAAUGUAGAGUUUCCCCUAAUGAAAAGAAUGCAGCAGUACAGCCCCUAAGACUUGUUCGCCAACAUAACAUACAAGUCCCUGAAAUACUGGUUACAGAAGAGCCAGAUAGAGACCAGGAAUGCCAAUGCAGCGAUCUUGAGAAGACAGAAAAAUUCAACUGGCCUCAACGAAGCGAAACGCUAUCAAAGCUACCCACCGAAAAACUUCCUCCCAAAAAGAAAAGAAUUCGUUUGGCUGAAAUUGAGCAGUCGUCUGCUGAUUCGAGCUUUGAAUCUACACUUUCUAGAAGUUUCAGCCGGGAGAGUAGUUUAUCGCGUGCAUCUAGCUUCUCAGCAUCUUUUGAUAGAGAUGAACUCGCUAAGAAUGAGAAUGCCUCCAGAGCAGAUCCUGUUAAUAAAUCAGUGGAAUUUAUCAAAAUUCCCCCCUGUUCAAACACACUCAGUGUGCCUGGUCCUCAUUACAGAGAGAUGCGACGUGCUGCUUCUGAACAAAUUAAUUGUACCCAGCCUUCCAUGGAAGUAUUUGACUCUAGGAGCAAAAGCUUUGAUUACGGAAGUGUGUCUGCAUCGAAACCUGCCUCGCUUAAAGAGAUCUCCUCUUCCAAAUUGAAUGCCAGUAGUGGUGGCCCUGGACAUGUACCCCUUUUGGAAAGGAGGAGGGGACCUCUUGUAAGACAGAUCUCUUUAAAUAUUGCUCCAGAGAAGAAUCUGCCCGACAGUGUAUCCCAAGCUUCCUUGCAAACAGAUACUUCAGCAGAGUCUUUUCAAAAGUUGCAAAGUUCUGAGACGCCUUUGGAGGACAUUUCUUCAGGUUCUCCGCACCCACAAAAUUAUAGCAAGGCUUUGCAGGAAUCGGUAAAGAGCAACAACUUUCUUAACUUUCCCUCCACUCAACAGUCUGUAGGAUCGAGUCUAAACCAGCCUGAUCAGCAGUCCUCACUGAGUCGUAAUUCCCAAGCGUCUGUUAAAGGAUCAGCAAGUCAAAAAAAUGUGAACCAGCACUGUAAGCAAGAGGAUUGUUUUGCACCUAAAUAUCAACUUCAUGUUAAAACCUUGCAAGUAGAACAGCAAUAUCCUUCAGGUCUUCUGGAAGCAGCUGGCAUGGAUCAAACUGGGCCUUCAUUAGAGAUGUUUAGUAAGUUAAAUAAUAACAUGUCCAAGCCAUAUGUAGCACAAACUGCUCCUAAUGACAACAGUAGUUCAGUCUAUCAGGCAGAACCUUUUGUUGUUCCUGUACGUAUUCACAGUAAUAUUCCAUCCUAUGGCUUAGCUUCUGUUGCACCCAUUCCUCAAAUUCUAGUUACCCAGGAUCAACUAAGCCAGCCACUUUGCAUACUAAAUACUGCAUCUCCGACAGUAGCAAAAGACCAGGCUUCGAUGCCAAAGACCCACAAAAACAAUGUGAGGUGUUUGCCUUGUUCCCAGCCGAUAUCUUUGUUUGAAAACUUAGUUUAUGAGACGGAAGGCAAGAUGCCAAUUUCAUUAGGAUCUUUAAAUCUGAUUCAGAAAGUGCCGGUUGGUGGACUUUUCCCUCAACAGGAAGCCACAGCUUCAAGCAAACGCAUGCUUUCCCCAGCCAAUAGUUUAGACAUUGCCAUGGAAAAACAUCAGAAACGUGUCAAAGAUGAAAGUGGAGCUGUUUCUAUCACAGGUGCUGUAUCCCUGCAUCCAUUGAACAUUAAACCAAAUGAACUCAGUAAGCAAAAGAAGCCACUUUUAGUAAGACAGAGUUGUACCACUGAGCCCCUCGAAAGUUUCCCGUUGGAUCCGGAUGAUGAAAGAGGUGGAGCCAAUAAUUCAUCAGAUGUCUUGUUGUCUGAUUCGCCCGAAUCUGCUCAGUCUAAAAGUUAUCCAUUUGUAAAAGACUCCUUAGAACAAGAUAGUCUACCAGCUUCUGGAACCACGGACUUUGCAGGCAGAAAGCCGCAUCAGUCUGUUCCGCAGAACACUCCUUCGUUUCUAAAAAUUCUAGGUGACAGUCAAGAAAGGAUGUCCCCAGAAUUUAAUGAAAGCAAGAAACCCGAUAUCCACAGCCAAGCAAAUUCUGGAACUAAUUUUUCUGCUGUAAAUACAGGCGUUACACAGAGAUUAUCUUUUCCAAGCCUAAAGACCGCAACAAACUUUACAUGGUGUUACUUGUUAAAAAGGAAACCAGUACAUCUAUUACAACAUGACCAACAGUCUUCAUCUUAUUCUUCCUGGUCUAUCAGUCCCAACAAUUCCAACCUGCUUGGUUUGCCAACAAAGAUUGCACUUUCCCUCUUGAAUUCAAAACAGAAAGACGAAAAAUCAUCUUAUACUCAAGCAAUAAGCACCACCUUCAAAUCUGACGCAUUGGUCUACUCAAGCAAAUGGGAGAACAACUUACUUAAGCAGGCAUUAGUUAAACAAAAGGCAGCAAAGAAAUUCAGCAAUAAAGAAAACUCUGAACUAAGUACUGAUCAAGAUAUUGAGAACAUAGCCAAAAAUGAGCCAAGAAGAGUUAAAAUAUUUGAUGGAGGAUAUAAAUCAAAUGAAGAAUAUGUCUAUGUUCGCGGGAGAGGAAGAGGAAAAUAUAUAUGUGAAGAAUGUGGGAUACGCUGUAAAAAGCCCAGUAUGUUGAAGAAACAUAUUCGCACCCAUACAGAUGUCCGGCCAUAUCACUGCAAUUAUUGCAAUUUUUCCUUCAAGACUAAAGGUGAAAAGCAACGGCUGAAUUAUGAACAGUCUGGAUUUGACCCAGAGGAUUCAGAUGGGCCGGAAGAUGAAGACAAUGAUAACGAAGAUGACGAUGAAGAUAGCCAAGCAGAAUCCGUUUUAUCUGCUACUCCUUCUGUUUCAGCCAGCCCACAGCAUCACCCCUCCAGAAAUGCUUCUCAUGAGGUUUCAAGCGCUGAUGAAGAAAGCAGAGUUUCGGAUUCUUUUGCUGAGGUUCACAUAGACUCUGCGGAUGGCCUGCCAAAAGCACUUCUCACAAAAAUGACAGUACUUCAUACAGGGCACUUGGACUGCAGGAACUCAGGGCCAACAUCAGCAGCUAUUUCCAGAGAAGCAAAAAAGGAAAGCGUUCAAGACAGGGCAACAAGCACAGAACCUGCUGUGUCUUCAGAAACAUUUCAUCGGUCAUCAUGUCAUCAGAUGUAUGUGGAUUUCCCAGGUGCCAAAGAAGUCUUAGGAAGCAACACUCCUUCUAUUAGUACUACAGCAACUUUGAAGAGCACAGCUUCUACUAGACUUCCUUCUAUACCCACAGACCAGAGUACACAAACUACUGUUGUUGUUCCUUCAGUGGCAUCCCCUUUUGCAGAGACGCAAGAGCAAAAACAUGGAGAACACCAACAGACCAUGAAAUUAGGACCUCCCCAGACUCAUCUGUUUAGCCACCUCCCCUUGCAUUCUCAACAACAAACCAAGAGUCCCUAUGGAGUGGUUCCAGUGGGGGGGAUCCACGUGGUACCUGCUGGCUUAGCCACCUACUCUACUUUUCUACCCAUUCCAGCUGGGCCAGUGCAGCUCACUAUUCCUGCUGUCAGCGUGAUUCACAGAACUACAAGUGCUCUCAGCGAUCCAGCCUAUGCAGUCUCCAGCACUGCAAAUCACCUUGGUAUAGCAGAAGUGAACAGCGUGGUUCCCUGUAUCCCUAUUGGCCAAAUUAAUGUGCCGGGCAUCCAGAGUCUGAGUACACCAGCCCUGCAGCCUCUUCCAUCCCUGAGCAUGGAAACGGUGAAUAUCUUAGGCCUGGCUGGCACCGGCCUAGCACCACAGAUACAUCAUUCGGGAUUAACGCUCAACGCCGUAGGGUUACAAGUGUUGACUGCAAACCCUUCCUCCCAGCGCACCUCUAGUCCUCAGGCACACAUUCCGGGCCUGCAAAUAUUAAACAUAGCACUGCCAACUUUAGCUUCUCCGGUGAGCCCUAAGACUGCAGAUGAUCAGGGGAUUGUAGAAGCACCAGCCUCCAGAAAUAACACUUGUGAAACGUUCCAACUCCAGGGUUCUGGAAGCUUAGCUACUCCAGACCCUGCUCAGAUUGCCAGUGCUCCAUCUUCUCAGAAGGCACUUGCUGACAAGCGGUACGGCAUGGAAAAUCGAUUGGAAGUGGGCCCUGCAAGGGACUAUCGACGACGUGAUAUCCCGGAUAAUCCGGACUUUGAAAGUUCUGACUUGGAGAGUCCCAAAAAACCAAAGUGCAAUAUUAGUGCUGUUCAGGUGGGACAGCCUUCUGGGUCGGAGCCUCCUGCAAAAGUGAAUCCAGACAUUUUAUCCAGUUCCCCCAGACAUCAGAUGGUCCUUCAGGAUAAAGAAUUCCAUCGGCCAAAAAGAUUGCCCAAGCUUGACUUGAGCGAUGGCAGCAGUGAUGAUGAGGACAGACUAAUAAUUGCAACCUAGGGUGUUUUGGUUUCCUGUUGAGUUGUGUGUGGGGUUACGGGUGUUUCGUUUCGUGUGUAUGUUUUUUUUUUAAAGUAACACUUAACUAGGUUUCUUUGCAAACCUCCCUUUUACUUAAAGCACAUAUUUUCUGACACAAACUCAUUACUAAUCUUUGUGCAAUCAUGAACUCUUGACCAAUAAUUGUCGUUUCCUUGUCAGCUCCGGCCAUUUUUUUUGUACAUGUUGUAUAGACAAUUGUGCCUUUUUUGUGUUUUAUGUUUAGAAAACUGUACAGAUUGUCAAAAUUAUAUAUUAUAUGUACAUUAAAACCUGGGUAGUUACUUUUGUUUCGUAAGUAAAACAAU